AUGGCAGCAGCUUCCCAGAACUCGCUGGCGUUUGACGUCGGCAGUCCGCUCUCGCUGGAGCCGGUUCGGCCGGUCUCCGUCGCGCCUCGCGACGCGUCGAUCGCGGAGCGGUUCGCGGCGUUCCACGCGGCCAACCCGCACGUCAACACGGCGAUCGUUGGGCUCGCGCGGCACGUGAACCGGGUGUACGGGCUAGAGCGGUGCAGCAUGAGGGCGCUGUUCGAAGAGCUCCGCUGGCAGCAUCGGCUGGCGACCCGCGGCGAGGCGUGGCUGCUGAAUAACGUGUUCACCGCUGAGUACGCGCGGCUGGUGAUGCGGCAGGAGCCCGACCUGGCGGGCUUCUUCGAGACGCGGGCGCUGGAGACUGCGUUGCAGAUCAUCACACGGAGUGUGGGCGAGUCGCUCACCGUGAAGGGCGCCCGGGUAAUGGUGCUUGAUCAGGAAGGUCGGCGCGUCCGGCUGGGCGUCAGUGGGCCGCCGGGCGGCGUGGCCGCCCCGCUCAACGGCUCGGCGCCGCGAUCGGCGCCGGUGGUUGGCCUGGUCGGCUACGCCGGCGCGGGCAAGGACGCUGCCGCGGCCGAGCUGGUCAAGCAGGGCUGGCGGCGGCUGGCGUUCGCCGAGCCGCUGCGGCGGGCGCUGCUGACGCUGAACCCGGUGGUGCGGCUGGACAAUGGGUCGCACGGCCGGCUGGCGCCGAUGGUGGCCAGCUUUGGAUGGGACCACGUGAAGCGGCACGGCGACGUACGGCGGCUGCUGCAGACGUUGGGGACCGAGGUGGUGCGCGAGCUGAUCUCGGCCGAAGCGUGGGUCGACCUGCUGCGCUGCGAGAUCGUGCAGAGCGACAGCGCGGCGCCGAUCGUGGUGACUGACGUGCGGUUUGCCAACGAGGUCGCGAUGCUGCGGGGGGAGUUCGGCGCGCGGCUGGUCCGCGUGGUGCGUCCGGGCGUCGGUCCGGUGAACGGCCACGUCAGCGACGCAACCGAAGACCUGCAGGUCGACGGCGAGGUGCAGAACGACGGAGGAGGACGCCGCGGCAUGAGCUGGAUUGGGCUGUACGAGGGGGGACGCGUGGACCUGCUGCACCCGCGACCGGAGCAGUUCUCGAUCGAGGACAUCGCGCGUGGGCUGUCGCGCGUCAACCGGUUCGUGGGGCACACGCACGAGCCGUACUCUGUGGCCCAGCACUCGGUGAUCGUCUCGCGGUUGGUCCCGCCGGAGCUUGCGCUGUGUGGGCUGCUGCACGACGCCAGCAAGGCGUACCUGGGCGAUCUGGUGCGGCCGCUCAAGCAGAGGCUGCCCGACUACGUCGAGCUGGAAUCGCGGAUGAUGCUGGCGAUCGCCGAGCGGUUUGAUUUCCCGUGGCCCAAACCCGCCGAGGUCCGUGAGGCUGACAACCGGCUGCUGGUGACCGAGCGCGACCUGCUGCAGCCGAAGGCGUCGGCGUGGGAGUCGCUGCGGGAUGUGAAGCCCUAUGUGCCGUUCACGAUCCGCUAUCAGCCCUGGACUGACGCCGAGACGGAGUUCCUUCAGCGACACGAUGACAUCGUCACCGCUCCGAUGCCACGCUGCUACCUGCUGAAGAUUGACGACGACCCGUGGGCGCUGCUGGGCGUGGACCGAGCAGUGGCCGCCUACACGCUCCGCGAGAAGCUGAUCGACCGGAUGCGCUGCGUCGCCGACGGCGAGCCGGUGGCGGUGACCGUGAGGACCGAGAGCGUGAGUCAGGACGAGCUUGACACCCGACAGGAGCGGCUGGGGCUGCUGGACAACCGGGACCUCGAGAAGCUGGGCGUCGCCACGCGGAAGUGGCGGAGCGUGCGCGAGUUGCUGCGGCAGAUCGAGUACUGCGGCGGCGCGGACUCCAGCUACGCGCGGGUGGAGACGCUGGCCGCGCGGAUGGGCUGCAGCAAGCGGACCGCGCAGCGGGCGCGGCGGGCGGCGGAGGGGGCGGGGCUGCUGCGGGUGGCGGAGCGGUACACCAGUACGGGGCAGCGGACCAACCAGUGGCUGGUCGCUUGGGACCGGCUGGCGGCGGCGCCGCUGGAAGUGUCACCCCCGGGCGGCGUGGUGACGCCCCCCCGUGUCAUCGCGUCACCCCCGGGUGACGUCGUGUCACCCCCUAUAGAGAUUCAUCAGAGUUCCACUAGAGAUCCUCUAGAAACGGUCGACCGCCGCGACGACCAGAAAAACUUGGAGGUGGACUGGCAGCGGGCGGAGCGUGACGCCGCGCGGUUGGAGCGGCGGGUGGGCCCCUGCCGCAGCAACCAGGACCGGGACUUGGCGAUCAAGGCGGCGGCGCUCUCGCAGCGGUACGGCGAGCGGUGGCUAUGGGACGCGGCCGAGGCGUGCCGCGUGGUGCGGCCGGAGCGCCCGUGGGCGUACUUCUGGAGUUGCAUCGCGGACGCCGCCAGGCUGCAGGGCAUCGGGUGCGCCGAACCGGUCGAACGCGUGCUGUUGGUGGACUACCAGCGGGGCGGCGAGCGGUACCGGUUUGUGUUCCGGGCCGGGCAGCGGGACCAGGUGCGGCGGCUGCUGGGGCGGUACGCGGCGGACACCGACUUGGCGUUCAACUGGCACGACGCGGCGCCGCUGUUGGUGUUCGAGGGCGUCGGCCGGGCGAAAAAGUCGGCGUACUUCGAAUCGGAGGGCGAGCAAGCUCAGACAUCGGAGCAACCGACGCAUUUCGACGCCGAUCGCGGACGAGGACACAGCUGUCAUCUGCCGUACUGCAACUGCGGCUACGGCGACGCCAACCACUGCACGUGCCGCAGCGAGGCGAUUGCGAUCGCUAUCUACGGCGCGUCGUUCGCCGUCGUGCUGGCGCUCUUGUCUUGGAAGCCUAUGCCAAGGCACCGAGAGAUCACGCUCACGUUUCCGGCGGUGUACCAGAUCGGCGUUCCGUUCGCGACGGUGCGCGGGAACCACCAGGAGGUGCUGAUCGUCACGAUGGACGACGAGUGGUUAACCGACGAUCAGCUGCGGGCGAAGGCGGAGCGGGUGCGGAAGCGGUUGGCGAUGGGGCGUCGGGAUCGGUAG